UCGAAGUCUCGCGAUCAUCCGCAGUUUUCCCUGUGUUGUGCGUUCAGAAAGUUUUAUUGUUCUUCUGGUUUUCGAUCCGACGAACUCCGGGGUCACAAAGCUGAUUCUGUCCGGUAUUCUGUGCGUGUCACUUCCUGUGCUUUUGUCGUUCUCAUCAUCGAUUGCGAAACCAAAAACGAAAAGACAAGCAGUCAAGUCGUUCCUGGUCUCGGAGCUGUCUGACAAACCAGAUGAAAGGUGGGAGUGUGCGGUGUAACCAUCGUCGUCUAUCUAAUGGAAGCAACUGCGAGUUUGUCAAAAAAGGAAAAAGCCCCGAGGCAAUGAACGGGAUGAAAAUUUUCGUUCUCACCCGAGGAGAUAUUCCGAUAGGAAGUGUUGACUUAUAAAUAAUUGAUAAGAAGAUCCAAAAUAAUUACGUCGCUAUUAUUCGAUCCUAGUAGGCAACGACAAAGAAGAGUGAUUCUUUGAACUGAAAGAAAAGGGAGUGAAAAUUUCAGUUUUCAGUGAAGGAAGAAGCGGUUCCGUAGAAAAGUGCGAUUGUUAUCUGAUUUGCGACAGAUGAAUCUCGAUCUCAAGUGCUAUUUUCUGCAUUGUGCUAUGUGAAGUUCCAAUGUCUACGCAGGUUUGACGAAAUCACCCGGUUGCGAAUUUAGGGGAAAAUUUGUGGCGUUUAAAUAAGCAGUCGAAAAUAAUUUCCUUGACAACGAAACGACGUCAACGGCGAAGAAAUCGUCGCCCCCUCUGUUUUUUGGAUGUAUGUUUCUGUAUGCUGUCAUUUGAUGUAAACACCAUCCGGAGGGCGAGAUACGUCCGGCAAGGUUCGGGCGCUAGGUGGAAUCACAUUGCCGGAGCCAGAGCGACGUAGGGUCGGACUGUAAGGAAAAUACCCCACCAAUCAUUGCACUGAUCAGUUCAGGUCAUGGUUAUUAUAAACAAUAGAUAUGAGUAUUUAUCCAUCCUGAAAGCGCCAGGAGUAAGAAUGCAAACUCCUGUAGUGAGCAACAAUAACUCUUCGACGACCACAUUGACCCGUGACUCACUGGUACAGUCACAGCAGCAGCAGAAUCAACAAAUAAAUAACAAUAACAACUCACUGUUAAAUAACAACAACAUCAAUCUCAACAACAACAACGGCAACGGUGUUAGCAUAAAUAAUAAUAAUAACAACAACAACAGCAACGGCUUACCGGGACUGGCAAAAGCGGUGCUCAUCUGCAGGCAGAAUUCACACCCUUUCAAUAACCGCACACUUUUUCUUGAACCGCAUCAAGAAGUAAAAGUUGGGCGAUCCGUAGCAAGGAACCGCGUCUCCGAAAACAAUGCAAUCUUUGACUGCAAGGUCCUGUCUCGGAAUCAUGCCGUGCUAUGGUACAGCGACGGAAAGUUCUACAUUAAGGACACAGGCAGUAGUAACGGCACCUUCAUCAACAAUGUUCGCCUCAGUCAGACAAGCACAGAGUCGGAACCGUAUGAAGUCAGCUCGGGCGACAUCGUGCAAUUCGGCGUGGACGUUAUGGAGAACACGCGCCGUGAAACGCAUGGUUGUAUAGUGGCCACACUGAAGCUGUUUUUGCCCGAUGGCCGAGAAACGAAAGCCAGUCAGUCGAUCGGAGUCGGUGGACCCAGCACUAAAAUACCACCAGUGGAUCUAUACCGACUCAGUCAGUACAUACAGGAGGCAAAUCACAGGGAACAAAUUCUGGAAGCGAAACUGACGAGUCUGCAGAAGGUGGUCGAAACGACCAAACACAACUCAGCGAUGGGAUGGCAAGCGAUGAUCGACGAAGACCGGUUGCUUAGUCGAAUCGAUAUGUUGGAGAAGAAGCUACAGUAUUUUCAGAAGGGUAUGACCGAUGAUAAAUUGCGGGAAGAGGUCCUAAAACUGCAGGAUGAGAAGUACCAAUAUCAAAAUUCUGCCAAGGAUGCCUUGCGAAAAGUGCACCAGGAAAGGUUGGAUGCAACCCACAAGGUAGCCACGAUAGAGAAAGCUCUAUGCAGUAGCGAGGAUGAGUAUUCGUUGUUGAGAGAACAGUUGAACAAAACGCAGCUGCAAUUGCAGGAAGUAACGGGCAGACUAGACGCACUACAAAAUCAGUACGAUGAGCGUGUGUUGUCUAGCGAAGAACAGCUUAAGGUGAAAGAAUCUGAAAUAACAAACCUAGGUCAUGAGAUUAACAUGCUGCAGGAAAAGCUGAGUUUUUAUGCGUUCUAUGCAUCCGAUGAGGACGAAAAACAACAGCAGCAACAGCCCCAGCAGGAAUACACCAAUUCCGCUAUCUCUGAUUGGUUGCUGAAAUCUGAUAUUAAGAAACUGGAAGGAUCUGAAGAUAUUAUUAAGGCCAUUUGUAAUGAUGCAGACACCGAUGCCAAUGCUGACGAAAAGGAAGUGAACCUAGAAGAUAAUGUGGUGCAGUUACAAAAAAGAAUUCUCACUCUUGAGCGAAAUAUCUCUCUCAUGGUAGAUGGCGACAGCAGACCUGAAAACGAAAAUAACGAGCCAAACGACAAUGCCAGUGUAACGUCUUCUUCAAGGAUAGGCACAGCAACCGCUAACGACAAUAGUGCAGUCAGCGACGUAGCGUCCUCUGAUGGUGGAACCAGUAACGGUGAAGAAUGUGAUGGAAACCAGAAUGUGAGCAGCAUAGGCGCCACUAUGGGCGAAGGGCUACCAACAAUACCGUCCGAAAGUGAAACGACGACAACGAACACAUCCAACUUGAACCAGGCCGACCAGCAGCAACAGCAAACUCGACCUGGCGAGGAGUCCAAAUCACCCUCGCGAAUGAACUGCGAACUGACCAAGAAAGUCCUGCGGAAAAAUCUCAAACAUGUAAAAAGCGAGUGCGCCCUGCUGUUGCGGCAAAUUAGUAGAGCAAAAGAAGAUAAUCGGAAGUCAGAAGAAAGCACGGUGGCUAAAGCCAAAUACGACGAAUUGGAGGGAGAGUUGAGCAAGCUCAAACAGGAACUGGAUACUCGGCCCAAAUUGGAAGAAUUUGAUAAAAAGCAACAGCUAUGCGAGAGCCUAACCGAAAGUUUGGCGUCAUUGAGAAUUGAAACAGAAGAAUUGCGGUCGUUAAACGAACGCUGUCAGGACGAAAUGGAUCGUAUGGAAAAAGAGUUACUGAUGCGGAAAAACAGCGAAAAUGACAAACUCAGUGCAAUGGCAUCUGUACCCAGUACAGGUGAAUCGUUGAUUCCACCUAACCUAACCAACAGGAAUGAAAUUAGCAAGACGAAAGGUAAUCAACCAGAAGUUGAACGAGAAAUCGGUGUGGAUGCCGAAACCCAGACGGAUGUUGAGAUGAAGGUAGUUGUGAUGGACGAAAUGAACGAUAAUGACAUUUCUAUCUGCUCGAAUCUGGACGAAUUGGAUGAUGACGAAGAAGAUGACGAUGAAAAGACGGAAACGAUAGAGACGACAGAAAUAUUCGUUGGUCCAAACGUGUCACUAAACGAAAGUGAGAUCGUUAGAGAAAGUAGUAUUCUCGAGGUCACUGCUUCAGUAACUAGUAAUAGCCAUAGCAGUAAUCCUAGCAGUAAUAAUUUGAGGUGGACCGAUAGUGAGCUGGAAUCUUCAAAAUCCCUGGAAACCAUCGACGAGCCAAAUGGAUCUGUUAUGGAAAGCGUGGAUGGCAAAUCUCUUAUGAACAAUAGUGGCAUCGAGCAGGAACUAGAGCUCAUAAAUCAUCCGGAUGUACAGCGGGAGGAGGAACUGAUUGCAUUUAAGGAGAAGUAUACUCAUCUUACUCAGGAGAAUAUCCGGCUCAACCAGCAGCUGCAAAAGCUGAGCGACGAUUUCAGCCAUUUCAAGAGCAAAUCGUUCAUCAAUCUUCUAAUGUAUAUAGCGCCCGUCGUUGUUAUCGUUGGUUAUAUAAUGUUUAAUCGCGUAUCGUAAAUCGGUCUCCCACCUAGAGUUUUCAGUUUAAAUCAGUUAGCAGAGAUUAGAAAAUUUUAACUAUAUUUAUUUUGAACCCGGCUAAAAGCAAAUUGAGUAUAUAAAUAAACAAUAUUGGUCUUCUGAAUCGUACUUUUAAUCCAUUUAGGAAAAGUCAAUGUUUUCGUUGUUCGGUCAUCUACGUUUUUGGCAGAUAGCUUUAAUUUAUAUUUUGUUUGUUCGUUUUGUGAUUCUGUCUGUAGUUAUAAUGCAUAUAUUUAUUGUCGAAAGGAAGAAAACAUUGUAUUUGUAAUUGUAUAGGAAAAACAUAUGUAGGAAAGUUAUACAGGAAAGAAUGAGGAAUGAUUUCUUUUCUUUUUCUGUGUGCAUAAAGUAAUGUAUUAAUCAAACAAUAUCAACAAACUACUUGAAGUAAUAUUUUAAAUAAGUAAACCACACUCAAAAACAUUCUCCCUCACACAUACACACCCCUUCUUAACCCCAUUGUUAGUAACCUCUGGUGAGAUAAUUAUUCUCCAUAAAAAUCAGGAUAGCUUUUAUACAGAAAAAAAAAAAACAGAUAGAAAAUACUGAUAGACGGUCUCUCCCUAUGUAACUCUCAGGUAUAGUGGAGAGCAGUGUUAACCUAUGGCAGUGCUUCUAUUGUGCAAACGGCUGAAACUAAAUAUCAAGUCUUCGACAGAGCGAAAAUUGUAAAAUAAUCUCCCUCUCGAACUAGUGUGGCAAAAUUGAGCAAAUUGUUUCCAAAUUAAUAAACAAAUGCUAAUAACCUUGCUUACAGCGAUAGACAGACGAAACGAAUCUUAUUUUUUUUAAUCCUUAUUAUCUUUCUGAUAGCUUUUUAAAGCUUCUAAGGCACUAAGACGAAAUCAACUCGACUCGAAUAUUGAACAGAAGCUACACCAGACAUGCUUCUAGCGAUGCCACAUAAACCGCGAAAUAACAAGAGAGUACAAAUACUAUUUGAGGGCAGAUAUUGAAAGCUGCUGAAAAAUCGGCGAUCGUACCGAUGAAAACAUGACAGAUGAAGGACAAAUAAAACAUGAAAACGGUGUACGACCAGAAAGAUUUCUACGUGUUUCGAUUGUUGAUUAAUAGGAAACACUGUUUAUCACUCAAAAUAUGCCAAUGAAGAAAAUUAUGUUCGAGAAGAGCAAGGUUGCCGAAUAAGUACGGAACGAAGUAACCAAUACAAAACGAGACAUGAGCUACUACUGCUUAGUGUCCUGAAAGAUGAGUAUUAGGAUUAUAUCAAACGGUUCCGAGUAAAGCAAAGGAAUAUUGCGAUUGUUUUCAUGAGCUGAAGCGCGCUUUUGGGUUAAUGAAUGCAAAACUGUGUACAUUUAUAAUAUUGUAAGUAAACACACGAUAAAAGAACAGUAAUGCGCUCUUUAUAGAACGUCAUAUCUGAAUGCAAAUAAACAGAAAAUAUUGAAA